GGCUCACAAGCAUUCCUCUCCACUUCGUUUUGCGUACCGCUGAACUGGUAGGUCACGAAAGCCCGAGCUUUGAAAGCUGAUAUAAAAGUAUUACGGAAACGACUCGAAGCGAUUACGGACAGGAAUAAUGGCCGGAACAGUCAGGAAUUUAGCGAGACUCAGCGUGGGAUGGCCAAGCAAUAUUUUCGUCAGAAAUAAUUACCUAAACUUUUAUAGAUGUCUGUAUUCUGAAAGGAGUUUGGGGUUGCAAGGUUACGAGAAUGCAAGAUUAAACUUUCGUAAUCAAUUCUUAAAUGUGGAAAAUACAUUCCGUACCAAGAUGCAAGAGGUGUGCAGUCAGGAAUCGAGCAUGAUCUUCACAGAGGACUUGAAGUCCAUGCUGCACUUGGCCCAGAAAAAGCCCGAAGACAUCGAGCUACUCGUGAAAAUGAUAACCAAGUUUAACAAUCAAAACAAGGAGAUGAGAUUCGGUAAUUAUGUCUUUGGCCCCGUGGUAAUGCGCACUUUUUAUUACCUCGACGAGCCAGAUCUCGCGCUGACAGCUUUCAAGGACCCACAGUUUGAGGAGUUCUUCGAUCAGUUAAGUUCCCACCAGAUCCUCUUGUCCCUGUUAUAUAAGCAUGGCAAAUACACAGAAAUGAAAGAUGUGUACAGCAUCAUUAAAAACAAAUUUACGAGUGAGAAAGGGAAUCCUAGGACUACUCUGGUACUAAUUAUGGCUGCUUGUUACAAGGAGAAUACACCAGAGGCGUUUGAGUAUGCUUUCAAUAUCUGGAAGGAGAUGAACCAAAAGGGAAACGAAUUUAUGCGCAGGGCCAUCGCAUUCUUGGCGGGUCUGGCUAUUAAGCAAAAUGCGCCUCAUAUAGCUAUAGAGAUUAUAAGCACAAUGAGGACAGCGCGAUUCCCCGACACGAGAAGUUUGAAAGUCCUGGCGUAUACGGAUCUGAAGAGAUUCACCGAAAUAGUGCCGAUCUUGAGAAUAUCGUUGGAGAAUUACCGAACAGUUGGUCCGAAAGAAGUUUUCUUCCAGGAUGUGAUCGAUAAAUUGGAGCAGUCUAUGGCGGAGGAGAACGUUCCUCAGGACUUCGAGCUGUACAAGUUAAUCAACUUGUUGAAGCAGAAUGAUCAUAUUAAAUCCAACCAAACUUUGGAAGAGUACAUCAUCGCGGAAAUAGAUGUGGAUCCAACGAGGAAAACGGCAAGAGCACUAGCUAUGCAGUCCGACAUGCGGGGACGAUCGCGGCAAUCGUUUUCAUCACGUGACCAUAGUAGUGAUAGACGACCAAUGAUGCAAGACUUUUUGUAAGCGUGCUUCACUCUCGGUUAUAGAGCGGUUAUGUUCUAUGUAACCUACCGAUUAUUAGUUUACCUUAGGUAAAUCUACUUGUAAGAUCAAACCAAUGAAUAAAUAAACGUCAACUAUGUUACUCUAUA